AGUUUCCUGGUAACCAUUCAGUCAUCUCUUUCAACACCCUGUCAUGACAUAAAGCUGAGGGCUGAACCACACGUUCACCACACAGACACACACUCGCCUUGAGCUAGGUGAGGCGCUCUGGGGCGGACCGGCCAGACCCACUCAUGAGCAAGCAGAACCAUUUUCUGGUGAUAAACGGCAAGAACUGCUGUGUGUUCCGAGAUGAAAACAUCGCCAAGGUCUUGCCGCCGGUGUUGGGGCUGGAAUUUGUGCUCGGACUCCUGGGCAAUGGCCUUGCCUUGUGGAUUUUCUGCUUUCACCUCAAAUCCUGGAAAUCCAGCCGGAUUUUCUUGUUCAACCUGGCCGUGGCUGACUUUCUCCUGAUCAUCUGUCUGCCGUUCCUGAUGGACAACUACGUCCAAAACUGGGACUGGAGGUUUGGAAGCAUCCCCUGUCGUCUGAUGCUCUUCAUGUUGGCCAUGAAUCGACAAGGCAGCAUCAUCUUCCUCACAGUGGUGGCUGUGGACCGGUACUUCCGGGUGGUCCAUCCGCACCACUUCCUGAACAAGAUCUCCAACCGGACGGCGGCCAUCAUCUCUUGUUUCUUGUGGGGUCUCACCAUUGGCCUGACAGUUCACCUCCUCUAUACAGAAAUGAUGACCAAAAAUGGCGAGGCAAAUCUGUGUAGCAGUUUCAGCAUCUGUUACACUUUCAGGUGGCACGACGCGAUGUUCCUCUUGGAAUUCUUCUUGCCCCUGGGCAUCAUUUUCUUCUGCUCAGGUAGGAUCAUCUGGAGCCUACGGCAGAGACAGAUGGACAGACAUGCCAAGAUCAAGAGGGCCAUCAACUUCAUCAUGGUGGUGGCUAUCGUAUUCGUCAUUUGCUUCCUGCCCAGUGUGGCCGUGCGGAUUCGCAUCUUCUGGCUCCUCUACAAACAUAACGUGCGGAACUGUGAGAUCUACUCCUCGGUGGACCUGGCUUUCUUCACCACUCUAAGCUUCACCUACAUGAACAGUAUGCUGGACCCAGUGGUCUACUAUUUCUCCAGCCCAUCUUUCCCCAACUUCUUCUCCUCGUGCAUCAACCGCUGUCUUCGAAAGAAAACAUUGGGUGAACCCGAUAAUAACCGGAGCACCAGCGUGGAGCUCACGGGGGACCCCAGCACAAUCAGAAGUAUUCCAGGGGCGUUAAUGGCUGACCCCAGCGAGCCAGGCAGCUCCUCUUAUAGGGCUUCUACAUCUCGUUAAGUUACUAUGCCAAGAAGGGAGAUUGCCACUCGGGCCUGUGCUCUCUGGAGAGGCAGUUUGGCCAUUGCACAGGGUAACAGCCUCAGACUUGGCUUAAGCUUUCUUGGAACUUCUAGAUUCGGAGAAUCGGAUUUAGAGAAACAGCGUGGUUCAGUGAGCGGUUUGUUUGCGGAGGUGCGACCGUAGAAAUCUCAGAGGAACAGAAAGCAAAGUUUCCAGACAGUGGAAACUUCUCAGCCUCCCAAGUUUAUGGGACUGGAGAAGACAGAGUCCUGCAAAGUUUGAGCCCUAGAUGCACCCAGCCACACCUCGGUUCUGCUCAAAGGCACCGAUGCUCCUUCAUUGCUAGGGUCCUACCCAGCCUGUCCGUGGAACCCAGUGGGGACAUGGAGAACCAAGAAACUGGAGACAAUCUCUACCCAGGUGUCAUUGAUAAGCAAGUUGGUCACUUGUGUUCUGUAGGACCAGUUUACCCUUCAGCUAGACUUUAGCAGAAACGGAAGAGGAAAGAGAUGCAAAGACUUGUUCUCCAAGUCUCCGAUGGUGGUAAGAGGGGAAAUAGCCCCAGGCUCACCAAACUCAGUGCUGGGGAGAAUCACUCAAUAAGCAAUUCAGCUGGGCAGUUCAAAGGCUUUGGGGAACACAGUGGCUUCCCUCCUCUGUCUGCUCUUACUAAAAGGGAUUCAACUGUGUCCAUGGUUAAGGGGGGGCGGGUUCAUUGCUUGGGUUUCUGUACUAAACAUCUACCAUUUCAAUAAAUUUCGACAGGAGACACAGGCUGCUGCGGCAUUUGUCUGGGUUAGGGUUCACAGAAACCAUUUUCUUACUUAAGACCUGGGCUAUGAACUGUAUCCUAGCAGGGAAAUCCAGUGUACUACAAAACUACAGAAGGGUGCAGAGCCCUGUCAUGAGACAGACAGCCAAGGGGACGGGCACCGGUGGGGAAUGCGUGAGGUAGUUACAUUUGGAAAGACUGCACAGAAGAGUUUACAAUGGGGCUUCUCCCUUUACAGUUUGGUGAGCGUUGCUAUUAAUAGCUGUAUAUUAAAAAAAGACUCGGACCUGA